GAGCUGGAGACGGAAUGAUGAUCCUACUAAUGCGGUCCGCACUUAGCUCGCUCUCUCGAGGCAACUAUAAAUGCCGCGAGCCUUUUCGAAAUCGUCGGAAUCGGUAUCUAACGCUGCCACGGUGCGGAUCACGAUCUCGGGACGCUGCUUUAAUAUUAUUGUAUAUUCACGAAUGCACGAGUAUAGAGCGAUGAAGCGAGUCAGCCGAAGACUACUGUCCAGCAUUCGCGAGAGCCCGGCGCAGGGCUGCAGGUCGCUGUCCACCCGAGAGAUCAUCGAGCGAGAUGAGAAACACGGCGGCCACCACUUCAAGACGCUGCCAGUCGUGCUGGAGCGCGGCGAGGGUGUCUACUGCUGGGACAAGGAGGGCAAGCGGUACAUCGACAUGUUGGCUGGCUUUGCCACGAUGAGUCAAGGACACUCGCAUCCCAGGAUCGUAGCGGCCAUGAGGGACCAGGUGGGCAAACUCGCCCACACCUCCAGGGCGUUCUACAGCGAGCACCAGGGCGCGCUCGGGGAGUACCUCAGCAAGCUCACCGGCUACGACAGGUUCCUGCCCAUGAACACCGGCGUGGAAGCGGGCGACACAGCGCUGAAGAUCUCCCGUCGCUUCGGCUACAGAAUCAAGAAGAUCCCGAGCAACCAAGCGGUGACGAUAUUCGCCAAGGGUAACUACUGGGGCCGAUCUCUCGCAGCCGUGUCCGCCUCGACGGACCCCAACAGCUACACGGACUUCGGACCCUUCAUGCCCCUCUUCGAGAGCGUCCCCUACGACGACCUGCACGCGCUCGAGCAGAAGUUCAAGGAGAAUCCCAACAUCUGCGCGUUCAUGGUCGAGCCGAUCCAGGGCGAGGCCGGGGUCAACGUUCCAUCGAACGGUUAUCUCAAAGGCGUGAGGGAACUGUGCACCAAGUAUAACGUGCUCUGGAUCGCCGACGAAGUCCAGACCGGACUCGGCCGUACGGGCAAGAGGUUCGCGGUCGACCACGAGGGCGUCAAGCCCGACCUCCUGGUGCUCGGCAAGGCUCUCUCCGGCGGCAUGUAUCCGGUCUCCGGUGUCCUCGGCAUGGACAAGAUCAUCCUGGCGCUGGAGACGGGCGUGCACGGUAGCACGUUCGGCGGCAGUCCUCUGGGCCAGAGGGUCGCCCUCGAAGCGAUGAAGGUCCUCGAGGAGGAGAAGCUCGCGGAUAACGCCGCGAAGAUGGGCGAGAUCGUGAGGACGGAGCUCGAGAAGAUACCCAAGGAUAUCGCCCUGGAGUUCAGAGGCCGAGGACUGCUCGCGGGCCUGAAGCUCAACCCAGAUUUCGCGAACGGCUGGGACAUCUGCGCGAAGCUGAUCAAGCAGGGCCUGCUGACGAGACCGGCGCACAAUUACAUUAUCAGGAUAUCGCCGCCGCUGUGCAUCAACGAGGAACAAAUACGAACGGCCUUGGAUAUCAUCACGAAGACUCUGCUGACGCACAAGAAGAACUGAGAGCUUUUGAUACUUUAAAUUUUAUACUUCUAGCUUAUCGUUAUAAUUAAGCUUGAUCAAUAUGUGUAGACUGAUAAUUUCGUUAAGUAUAAAUUGUAUUUCUGGCAAUUAUUAAAACGACAAAAACGUUCA